CGACACAAGGCAAGGAAAAAAAAGGAUGGCUCUCCGGCGCAACGCCGGAUCCCUCGCGCUCCGCGCCGCCGCCUACCUCCGCCGCCACCGUCCCCAUCCUCCUCCCCCACUGGCCCUCGCCGCCCCCGCUCCCACUCCCAUACGCUCCCCGCUGGCCCCGCCUUUCCGGCACUUCGCUGCUCCGCCUGGUACUCAGACCAAUAGGAAGCGAGGCAAGGAGGAGGACGAUGCCAGCGCGGGCCCGCGCAUGAACAACGCCAUCGCCGCUCCCUUCGUCAGGCUCGUCAUGGAUGAAGGCCACAACAUUCUCCCCCGGCAUGAAGCCUUGCAGCUUGCGAUCAGGAUGGACAUGGACUUGGUUGAGGUCGAUAGGAAAUCAGACCCACCUGUAUGCAAAAUCAUGGAUUUUCACAGAGAGAAGUAUAAGAAAGAAACCAAGGAGAAAGAACGCUUGAAAACCAAGUCUGCUAUUGUCUUACGUGGUGGGGAGAACAAAGAAGUGCGAUUUAAGGGGAAGACUGAACUAAAAGAUUUGAUGGUGAAGGCAGAUGGGAUUACCAGAUUAAUGGAGCGGGGUUACAGGGUGAAGUGCAUGGCCAUGCCCUCAGGUAAUGAAGGAGAAGAUUUAGGAACACCACUCUCUCGGUUGUUAGGACUUAUACAAGAUGUGUGCAUUGUCGAAAGUGGACCACACCUGGACUCGAAGCAUGCGUAUGUUAUUGUCAGGCAUGUGAAGUUUGCAACAAAGAAAGGUGGGAAGAAAGCUAGCCAGGCCAUGGAAGAUGCAGGAAAAGGUACCAGCAGUGCUGUCCCAGAGUCACCCAUUGAUGGCAGCAAUACCGAAGACAUGGCAGUUGGACAUGGUCUCGGGAAACCUGAUGAUCGUACCAUCUCAGAUCGUGUUAAGGAAACAGCCACCCGUCUCUCCAGAGACUCCCCUGCCCAAAAGGAGGGGCACGAUAGAGAAUUUAAAAGGGAGUUCAAUUGGCCAAAAUCCAACCCAGGGGCUGGGGGAAACAGAAAUAAUCCUGGCCAGAGGGGACCACGAGAUGUGCAACCUGGCAUGGAAAAGCGAGUGCAAGAUCAGGGUCCUGUUGAAACCAACAGAUACGCCGCUCGGAGGCAGCCAAUAAGAGGAGACAGCAGCCAAGGAAUACCCCCUCAAGGUGAUAGAAGGAAUGAAAAUGGAGGUCGUUAUGAGAACCAGAGACCUCUUGAACAGCAGCAUAACCGGCCGUUACCGAGGUUCAACCAAGGUGGAUUAUCACAACAAGAUCCAAGGAACGAAAGGAGAAGUUCUUUUCCACUAAAUAACAACCAAAGGCAACCAGCAGGUGGCGGUGAUCCUAAUCGAGCAAGCAAGAGUUUUGGGAUCUUCAGUAGUACUCAGAAAUCUGGAUCAUCUGAGCAGAGGAAGUUGGAUGGUAAUCCUGGUAAUACCGACUCGCCUAAAAGGUUUGGGAUUUUUAGUUCUGGGAAAUGAGGAUGGACAAAGGGCUCUACAGAAGAGGACUCUGAUAUUUUUACUUUGGCACGAUGGACCAAAUCCUACUUGAAAGGUUCAACAAACCUGCAUACAUGGAUGAGUUUUUUUGGCGGUGUUUUUUGUAAGGAUUCAUGGACGAUUUGGCGUUUGUUUAGCCUCAACAGAUGUCUUGUUCUGAUGAUGGAAAAGGGAUCCCGUGAUAGCAACAUUCUGAGAAAUAUUUUCUAUUGAGGGGCUCUUGUUGGCAGGGUAAAUUGCUGCCGUUGUCAAGUUGGAAGUAUUAUCUGGAUUUGAAAUACAGUACCCCUAUUAUUUUGCGUAGACAACUGUCAUGAUAAUCAUCUGUACAAACAAGCAGAACCCAGUGAUAUAUUUUUUAAAAUAAUUAUCCUUUGCUUAGGCUUCAAGAAAAGCGCUUAAGCAACC